AUGACUAAUUUGCAAGACAAGCGACUCGUCCUGUUCGUGCGUAAGAUUCCUUAUGACGCAACUGACGCCCAGGUAGAGGAAUUCUUUUCCCAAAUCGGUCCAGUGAGAUCCUGUUUUACAGUGAAAGAAAAAGAGAAUUCCGAUAAACCACAAGGGCAAAACAAAGGCUUUGGUUUUGUUCGCUAUGCUUUAGCCGAGGACGCAGAGAGAGCAAUGUGCGAGUUAAAAAAGGUGAAGUUUUUGGGAAAACGGACAUUGAAAUUGGAAUAUGCUGUGGGAAAGCAUGAAGCAAAACCUGUAAUUGGAAAUAGAGGAAAAAAGAGGAAGUUUGACAAGAUUGAUAUGGAGACCGAUGACAAUAAUAAAAGAAAAAAUAAGAGUAAACCAGAGUUUGAGGGGAAAGACAGUAAUGAAGAUGAAGAUUCUGAAGAAGAGCAGCAGGGAAUAAAUAACGACGACAAUAUGAAUGUUGAUAGUGAAGGCGCAUCCGAUUCUCAGUCUGAUGUCGAUAUAAAAUCUACAAAAGUGGCAACAAAACACUUACAAAAGGAUGGUGAAAAGACGAAAAAAGGUUCUCCAUCCGUAUCUGAAGGGACUACUUUAUUUAUUAGAAAUUUAUCAUUUGAUGCUACGGAAGAAGAUGUACACAGAAUUUUUCGCCCUUUCGGUCCACUGCGUUACUGCUUGAUAACAAUGGAUCAUGAGACGGGUCGAUCUCGUGGAACGGGUUUCGUCUGUUUUUGGGAGAAACAACACGCUGACGCUUGUUUGGCAGAAGCGGAAAAAUUCAAUAGUUCUAUAUCCACCACAGAACUUUCCUUUUUAUCAAAGAAAUCGAAAAGGGAACUUGGGUACAAGUCGAUUCUUACGGCAGAUCCAUCAGACUCCUUGGCCACCAAGUUUACGCUACAUGGGAGAGUUUUAUCAGUAACAAGAGCAGUGGAAAGGGAAGAGGCGAAAAAGAUUAUGGAUAAAAAUAGAAUUAAAAAGAGACAAGGGGAUAAGAGGAACUUGUACUUGAUGCGAGAAGGAGUUAUAUUCCCUGAUUCACCGGCUGCCGCAGGAUUGAAUCCGGCGACAAUAUCAAAACUUGUGGCUUCAUAUUCACAGAGGAAAAAUAUUUUACAGAAAAAUCCUAAUCUCUUUAUCUCCAAAACGAGAUUGUCUAUCCGAAAUUUGCCCUUAUCGGUGGACGAGAAGAAGCUGAAGGAGCUGGCUAAAGGGAGCAUUUCGAAAUUUAAGGAGGAUGUGAAGAAGGGUCUACGAAGUCCGCUACAACCGGAAGAAAUGGCAGAAGGAUGGGAUCAUAAACCUGUUGUCAAGCAGGCCAAGAUAGUAAGAUCAAAAGAUCGGAUUGAUGCAGCUAGUCGUAAACAACGCUCAAAGGGAUAUGGAUUUGUCGAAUUUACACAACACGCGCAUGCGCUUGCUGCAUUGCGGUACCUAAACAACAACCCUGAAUUGUUUAACGACAAGAAGAGAUUGACAGUGGAGUUUGCUAUCGAGAACAAUCUAAUAGUGAAAAAGAGGACGGAACGAUUAAAACAUGCUGAAACAAGUAAGAAAGUCAAAGAGUAG